AUGCCUUUCCGGCGGCUGUGCCCGCUCGGCCUCCUGUGCGCGCUGCUGCCCCUGCACCAUGGUGCGCCAGGCCCGGAUGGCACCGCGCCCGACCCCGCUCACUACAGGUGAAGGGUCAAGGCCAUGUUCUACCACGCUUACGACAGCUACCUGGAGAAUGCCUUUCCCUACGACGAGCUGCGACCUCUCACCUGUGACGGGCACGACUGGGGCAGUUUUUCUCUGACGCUAAUUGAUGCCCUGGACACUUUGCUGAUUUUGGGGAAUGUCUCGGAAUUCCAAAGAGUGGUUGAAGUGCUCCAGGACAACGUAGAUUUUGAUAUUGAUGUGAAUGCCUCCGUCUUUGAAACCAACAUCCGAGUGGUAGGAGGACUUCUGUCUGCUCACUUGCUGUCAAAGAAGGCUGGAGUGGAAGUGGAGGCCGGCUGGCCCUGCUCUGGGCCUCUCCUGAGGAUGGCUGAGGAGGCAGCCCGAAAACUCCUCCCAGCAUUUCAGACCCCCACUGGCAUGCCGUAUGGGACAGUGAACCUGCUUCAUGGUGUGAACCCGGGAGAAACCCCUGUCACCUGUACGGCAGGCAUCGGGACCUUCAUUGUGGAAUUUGCCACCCUGAGCAGCCUCACUGGUGACCCCGUGUUUGAAGAUGUGGCCAGAGUGGCCCUCAUGCGCCUCUGGGAGAGCCGGUCAGAUAUUGGGCUGGUUGGCAACCAUAUCGAUGUGCUCACUGGAAAGUGGGUGGCACAGGACUCAGGCAUCGGGGCUGGCGUGGACUCCUACUUUGAAUACCUGGUGAAAGGAGCCAUUUUGCUUCAGGAUAAGAAACUCAUGGCCAUGUUCCUAGAAUAUAACAAAGCCAUUCGGAAUUACACCCGCUUCGAUGACUGGUACCUCUGGGUGCAGAUGUACAAGGGGACUGUGUCCAUGCCAGUCUUCCAGUCCCUAGAGGCCUAUUGGCCUGGUCUUCAGAGCCUCAUUGGGGACAUUGACAAUGCCAUGAGGACCUUCCUCAACUACUAUACUGUAUGGAAGCAGUUUGGGGGGCUCCCAGAAUUCUACAACAUUCCUCAGGGAUACACAGUAGAGAAGCGAGAGGGCUACCCUCUUCGGCCAGAACUCAUUGAGAGUGCAAUGUACCUCUACCGUGCCACGGGGGAUCCCACCCUCUUAGAACUCGGAAGAGAUGCUGUGGAAUCUAUUGAAAAAAUCAGCAAGGUGGAGUGUGGAUUUGCAACAAUCAAAGAUCUGCGAGACCACAAGCUGGACAACCGCAUGGAGUCUUUCUUCCUGGCUGAGACCGUGAAAUACCUCUACCUUCUGUUCGACCCAGCCAACUUCAUCCACAACAAUGGCUCCACCUUCGAUGCGGUGAUAACCCCCUAUGGGGAAUGCAUCCUGGGGGCCGGGGGUUACAUCUUCAACACAGAAGCACACCCCAUCGACCCCGCUGCCCUGCACUGUUGCCGGAGGCUGAAGGAAGAGCAGUGGGAGGUGGAAGACUUGAUGAGGGAAUUCUACUCCCUCAAACGGAACAGGUUGAGAUUUCAGAAAAAAACGAUAAGCUCGGGGCCGUGGCAACCGCCAACAGGGCCAGGUACGUUCUCCUCACCCAAAAACCAAGACCAGGCGAGGGAGAAGAAGCCUGCCAAGCAGAAAAUCCCACUGCUCAGCUGCCCAAGUCAGCCCUUUACUUCCAAGUUGGCAUUACUGGGACAGGUUUUCCUGGACUCCUCAUAACCACUGGAUGAUUUUUUUUUCUUUUGUGUUUGAAUUAUGAUAAUAAACCUGCUUUUGACA